ACUGUACGUACAGCCGUUGGUAUACUUUGGUACAGCGCUGUACAGUAGCGCACGCGACAACACAAAUCGCCGAUCACAAAUCUUUUCUACAUCGUUCGUACAAUAAAAGUUUGACACAUUUGAUCCAUAUACGAUCAAAGCAAAACACUGGUAUUAUCGUGUACUAGUUAGAAACGUUAUUUUUACCGGAGAAAUAAAACGAGAACGAGGUAGAAAAGCUAACGCUCCAAUAAACAAGAUAUAAUCCAACGUUUUCUAUGCACUUCAAAUCUGUAAACAAUGCUUUGAAACAAAAAACAAGCAUUUUCGUUCGGUGCUAAACAGAUGAUCAUUCUAAAAAACUAUGGAUACCGGAUAUUCACCGUGAAAACAGUGCUGUUUUUUCGGUGCUCGAUGUUUAAAAAGGAGAAGGCCAAAAGAAUAACGAUGGAAGGAAAAAAAAAGUGACGCACCGAAUUCAUGCUAAACUAUCGCCGGAUGUUUUAAUUUGUCAGGAACGUUCAGAUAAAUCUUCGUAAACAUUGUUUUUUGAGAAGUUUUUCUUUCAAUUCCCAGCGUGCAGUGUUUAUUUCUCCAAAUAAUUGACAAAAUGGUGCGUUUACGAGGUGCCAACGAUAAUUUAAUUUAGAAAAAACUGUCAGGUUUAUACCGAGUUCGUUGGAAAAAUCAGGAAAAUGGCGUCCUCCCAAAUAGACGAAUUUUUGGCAGGCCCUCUUGUCACAUGGUUCGUCAGCUGCUUGGAAGACCCAGACUCGUUAACGAAUUACAACGAUUUGGUCGAUGGUGUUCUGUUGCACAGUGUUUUUCUACAAAUUGAUCCAGAGCCUUUGUACGACGGUGUAGUACCCACAGGUGGAAAUCAUACCUUACGAGCCAAAAAUUUGAAAACGAUUGUGGGCAACAUCAAACAAUUUUACGAAGAAGAAUUAGGCCACUUGAUAAUCAAACAACCGGACACAGAAAAUUUGGGCAAAGAGCCUGAAUCGCACGUUCAAGAUGCUCGAUUAUUAUUACUUUUGUUGCUGGGCUGCGCUGUUCAGUGUCCAAAUAAGAAGCAAUUUAUUACAAAAAUCAAAACCCUUAAUUUGGACACUCAAUUGGCGAUUGUCGACUGUAUUAAACAAGUUACGGAUCAACCUGAUAUUGUUAUUACUCAGGACUCCAUGGAGAACGCUAAUUUGGCAGGCCUAUUCAAACAAAUCAAACAGUUGCUACAAGAACGUGAUCUCUAUCGAGAGAAAUGUGCUGUAAUUAACAAUAUGUCUGGAACUAACGAUUGUCCGGUUGAUCCUGAGAGCGAAGAGGGUGUAAAGAAGGCUCAAAGUACUCAAGCAAAAUUGGAACGAGAAGAAAAUCAUCAUUUCGCUGUUGAAUUGGCUGACUGGAAAUCUAAAGUCAGAAAACAGCGUCAAGAAUUAGAAGAAAAAACUGAAGCACUUCUCGAAUGCAAAGAGGAACUCGAACACAAUAAAGCGUCACUCGCUAAACUCAAACAAGAAAAUCAAGAAUUAAUGCAUGAAGCGCGUACCGCAAAAUCCUACAGAGACGAAUUGGACGCUGUGAAUGAAAGAGCCGAGCGUGCUGACCGUUUGGAAAUGGAAGUGGCUCGAUAUCGUGAAAAACUAACGGACAUAGAAUUUUACAAAACUCGUAUCGAAGAGCUUCGUGAAGAUAAUAGAGUAUUGAUGGAAAAUCGAGAAAUGUUGGAGGAACAAUUGAACUCAUCGAGACGACGUGCUGACAAAGUUUUAGAGCUCGAGGCUCAAAUAAUUGAGUACAAACAGCUUGUAAACGAAAUGGCUUUGGAACGUACCGCGGAGAAAGAAAAAUACCAAGAACUUUUUGAAGAAAAUUCUCAACUGCACAGAUUGAAAAAAGCAGCAGCUGAAGAAGCAGCUUUAGCUGGCUCGAUUAGCGAAACUGAAGAACCAGACACAUCCGACAACAGGUUAUCGGAGCAGCUGACAAACAACGCACAAACCCGAGCACUGAAGCUCGAGUUAGAGAAUCGUCGAUUAAAUACGUUAAUCGAUACUCUAAAGGAAAACUCAUUUCACGAGACAUCGUCACGAGUUCUUGAACUGGAAAAAGAGAAAAAGAAACUUUCACUGAAAAUAGAAUCUCUUAAUGAUGGAAACGAACGUCUUUGUCAACAAAACUCGGACUUGGAACUCGUCUGCAGGCAAGCUUUGGAGGAGAAUAAAAAAUUGCAGGAUACUCUAAAAAAUCAACGAGCUUCUUUCGAACGUCAACAGCAAGAAUAUCAAAUCCAACACAACAAAAUAUUGCAGUUAGAAAACAAUUAUGAUGGCGUUAUUAAAGAAAAACAAAGAAUUCAGUCACUUCUCGAAAGCGUUCAAAGACGAGCCGACGACCUUGAUCGUUCACUCGAAAUAGCAAAUCAAAAACUCGAAGGACUAAAAAAUGUGGAAAACAGUGCCGAGAAAACUGAAUCUAAAUGUUCCGAGCUCGAAAUGAAAAUUGCGAUGUUGGAAAAAGAUAAAGAGAGCGCGUUACGCGAUAUUUACAAAUAUCGCGAAACAAUCGAGGAAAAAGACGUGGCGCUUGAUACAUCAACCAAUAAUGUCGAAGUGUUGGAGAGACGAGUCUCUCAACUCGAGAACGAAAGAGACGUAUACAUCGAGCAAAUAACUAGGCUUCAAGAGAUCGAAAGAUCAAGUAAAGAAUUAGACUCCCGAGCAGCAAUCGAUCGCGAAACUCUCGAGACUCUGCAAUCCAAUCUUGUUGCAGAAAAACUAAACAGUCAACGAUUGUACACUGUACUUGAAAAAUUUGGACUUAAUGCCGAAAUGCUGCUCACUCUUCCAUCUGACAAUAUUUUAAAGAGAAUUUCUCAAAUUCCUGAGGUUGUCGAGUACAUUAAAUCAUCGAUCGUCACAGAGACCACUUGCAAUUGUAACGAAAAAAUGCCGGAUGUGAAAGUCGUUGCUUCUGCUUACGAUGCAUCGGUUAACAUGAAUUUACAAGAAAUCAUCGAAACUCAAAGGAGAGAAAUAGAAAACCUUUCAAAACGAUCAAACACGAGUCAAGCAAGAGCAGAGCAGCUGAAAUCGGAAAAAGCUCAACUUCAAGUUUCAGUAACGACGCUACAGUCGCAAAGUACAUCCCUUACGACCCAACACACAGCUUUGCAACUGGCGAAUUCGCAGCUAGUAGCAGAAAAGGAAGAGCUUUUGAAAGAUCGUAUUGCUCAGCAAAGAGCUCACUCUCAACUCGUUAACGAUCAAGUUACCCUACAAUCUUUGCACGAGCAGCUGAACAACGAGUAUGAAAAUCUCCUUCUCGAGCGCGAAACCCUCAAAGGACAACUUCGAGAUGUAAAAAAUAUGAACAGAGCGCUCAACGAAUCCUGCGAACGUUUGGAAGCGAAGAACAAAGCAUUGAUCGCUGAUCACGAAAUCGCCGUCACUCACGUUAAGAGCCUCAAUAAUUUAAGAGGAGAGCACUCGAAAUUAAAAGAGGAUUUCCGAAAUCUUUACACCGCUAUGGAGAAACUGAAGAUCGAGUAUCGAAAUCUCCAGGAGGAUUACCGCAAAAAUAAAAUCGAAAUGAAUCGAUUGAGCCUAAAAGAAACGGAGAUGCAGGGCGAAAUGAGCACGAGGGAUGAUAAAUGCGCGACAAUGGAGCUCCAAAUAAGCAAAUUGAAUGAACGCUGCGAAAUGUUGAUGCAAAUGAAUUCUGGGCUAGACAGCAAUAGACGGUCAUUGAUGGAUCACAUCAGUUUGCUUUUUAGUCAGUAUCACGAAUUAUUGACUCACUCAUUGGAGGAUAAAGAACAUUAUCAUAUGGAAGAAAAAUUGUACACGGACAAGGUCAAUCACUUGUAUAGACAGAAGGAAAAACUCGAGGAAAAAAUAAUGGAGCAUUACAGAAAACUGGAAAGUUGCUCGACGAAGAACAGAAGAUUCGGAGCAAAUUUUGUAUCGCGAAUCCGGAAAGCUGGUUCCGAGCUUUUGAAGAAUCGACGUUCUUGGGCCGAUGAUUCGAAGCAAUUGGAAAGCGGAAAAAUUUAUGAAACGGAAUCGGGUUCAAAUGAUUCGGACGCAAGUAUCGACGAUCAUCGUGUAACAGGCUUAGUGGAUCCUGUCGUGUUGGAAGGCGAUGCACUUUCAUUGGGUCAUCCGGGAACUCGAAGAACAGUUUAUUACACCGACGAUUUGGGGUCUCCGGCGCCUUCUCUUACACAGGAUCACAAAUUGCCUUCGUCAACGCCUUUAUCGCACGGACGUCUAGAGAGUAUAGACGGUCUUUCGAGUCAGCAGGAGCAGUCACCGCGAUUGGAAAUUCCUCCUUGCGAGCCCCGUCCAUUUUUAAUAUACAACAAAGUAUCAGCGGUUAUAAACGAAUCGAAGAAUAUGAGCACGGGAGUAAAAGAAGAGACUCGAAACGAUGAAAUUCCAGCAGAGCCUCAAACGGUAAAAGAGCCAAAAACGCGGAAUCCCGUUUGGUACGAGUACGGGUGCGUAUGAAUUUUUUCCAAAAACUCAAUCAUAUCGGCGUAAAUAAAUACCGAUAGAAAUCGACUGAUUGCGAUCACUGCCCCCCGAUUAGCGCCUUGGUAAAUCGAGAAAAUCACAUUCUGUGUCUUUCUAAUAACGCGCCCUUUGAAUAAUCAUGUGAAUCCACGAAUAUUUUUACCGCGAUCCUUCGUCGCUAACUUAUCCCUAGAGUAUUUCGUUAUUUCGCAAUUUCGAUCGAAAGUCCUCUCUUUGAUCGUGCGGGAUUCUUACAGUUAUAAACCCUUAUGUUACUAAUUCAAAUGUCGAUGCAUUACCAUCGGAGUCAUUUAUCUCAAUCAUCUUGAUAGCGUAAUCUUGCAAUUCUGCCUACGAGAAAUAGCAGCUUUUUUAUACAUUGUGAUAUAUAUAGAGUUUACCUUUUUUACAAUAAUUGACAGACUUUUUGGAACUGAUUUUUAUUUAUGCCCACGACGAUGUCCGAAGAUAUGUAUUAUAAAUAAACAAAUGUAUACAUAUACAGAUAUAUAUAUAUAUAUUUAGGUAUAUGGAUAUUGCGCUUCAAUCUAACAGUAACAUAGCCAAGUAUUAUUUGUACUAAAGAAUCGCAUUUUGUAGUUAAGAUUAUUCUUUUCAUUAUGUAUUAUCGCAAAAUACAAAUUUUCUUGCCCAGUCA